AUGAGUGACAGAGGGUAUCAAGAUCCUAGCAAAGUAUCAGAUGCUAAGGCACUGCAACUGUUGUUCAAAUCCAAAUCCGGGGCCAAGGGUCAAAGCAACAUCCCCAAGAAACGAGCGGGCCCAUCGAUGCAAGUUGCGCGCCCAGCACCUGUAACCCCAAGCGGUUCUACUACUCCGUCAACAAAAGAUCGGUUCUAUACGCCGACCCUUCUACCUAACCCUCUUGAUCGUAAAGCUGGAGCUAUUCUGGGCUCGUCAGCUUCUGAUUUCCUUGGUCGAAGAGAUGCAACUCCCAAGCUGUCUUCCAAUCUUGUCAAGCGUCAAGACCAUAAGGGGGAGGCCGAGGUUCCAUCCACUGCAUCCACUGUUCCUAAGGCAAAGGAGGUGUCAUCCAGUCCCGCUCAGAAAGAAAGUGAGAAGCCUGUGGUCAAGCUUCCACCUACUGCAGCCGUGAUUCUGGAGGCUCCCAAGCCAGAUUCCAAUUUCAUUCAGGGGCAGAGCGAGAAAGCUGGGGUUCACGCCACAUCUACCAAUCCUCCCACUGUUUCCAAGGCCCCUGAAAGAGUCAGCAAUCUUGAUCUCCUCUGUGGCUUGGCCACUGAUUCAUGCCAAGCUUCUAUCAAAGCUUCGACAGCAGGAACGGCUAAUCAUCCCCAGACGCCAGCUCAGAAUAUCAAUCCUUCUGGUAGAGAGUCGAAAAAGAAGAGUCUUUGGGAACUAUUCCAAAACCAAAAAUCAGACGAUGAAUCGGACGGCGGCGUUUCUGAUUGCCAAGCGAAAGGGGUAGCUAUACACGAUUCCAGGAAUGCCGAACCUUUGAAGUACUCACCUGACAAACUUUUGGAACUUAAGGUAAAUGCAAAGAUAGGUGUUCUCCCCCCUGACUGCAUAGUCAAGCGUCGCAACAACAGCGGGAAAGCGGACAUUGCUGCCGCAUACAAAUCGGCUGCCAGUUUCAUUACUAAUUCGACUCCCUCUGUAUCUAUAUCUCAGGCUGAGAUGACUGAGUCUACUGUUCUUCGUCCCGCUGCUCCGCAAACUUCCUCACAGCAGGCUAAGCUCGACUCUAAUCAAACUCCUACUGUGACUAGAGGCGAACCUGCACAGGUGGAAGAUCUUAUUACCUUAGAGGAAGUUCAGAUUGAGCUUAAGUCUGAGGCUGCAGAGAAGGUACCUGGAACUGCCUCUCUCGAUCAUCAACGCUGGAUGUCUGGCCUUACGUAUGAUGAUCUCGCUGAUCUGCAAACUUCUUCGGAGCAUACUAAGCUUGACUCUAUUCAAGCUCUCACCGAGGCCAAAUCCGAAUCUAUGCAGGCCAAAGAUCUCGUUGCUUUCAAGGAAUUUCAAGGUCCACAAGAGUCUCACGGGCUUCGCCCGCAGGCACCUGGUUUUGUGCCCAGAUUGCUGCAUGCGCCGUCAGCCACUUCCAUGCCUGCCCAGUAUGCGACUCCAGCGGCAAUUGAUUUGGACGGUAAUGAGGCCACGCAGUAUGCUUCGACAAAGACAUUUGGUUCUGCUGGCCUUAUUAUGGUCACCGCGACGCCUGUUGCCCAUCUUUCCAAUGGCCUCUUGAUCACCGGCCCUCCUACCAGUCAACUCAUGGCCAAGUCACCUUUCAAUGACACCUUCUCGACCGAGCUGCCCCUGCGCACUGCUGACGACAAUGAGGAGGUAGUUCGUGCCCCAAGAAAGCCCACUAAGGGCCUUGGUGCAUCUAUGUGGGCUAAGUAA